GCGACAUGUGACCCACGGUAUCCUGCCACGUUUCAAGUUGAGCUUUUCAACUCGGACCACCACCAGUCUCAAUGGAUAACGCUUGGCAACCUCAAGACAACGAUCCCUCAAACUCCGCGGACGGUAUUAGUAUACCUACUCGAGAUGUUGGGCCCGCAGAUUAUUCGAACGGAAAUGGAGCUCCUCCAAGGUCGAGUAGAAGUAGGAGUCCUGGUGACAGAGGUCGGUCUGGAGGAGAGGGAGGAGGUGAUGGUGACAACCCAGGAAACAACCUACACGUCUCAGGUUUGAGUAGCAAAACUGAUAGCAGGGAUCUCGAGGCUGCUUUUGCUAAAAUAGGCAGAGUUUCGAAAGCGUCUGUAGUAUACGACCCACACACACGUGAAUCGCGUCUCUUUGGUUUCGUCACAAUGGAGACUGCGGAAGAGGCUGAUGCUGCUAUUACUGCUUUGAAUGCUACUGAACUGAUGGGGAAGAUCAUGACUGUUGUCAGGGCACGUCGCGGAAGGGCACGAACCCCAACACCCGGCAAAUAUCAUGGGCCAAGUAAAAGGCGUGACCGCGAGCGACCUUACGACCCUCGUCCUUAUGACUCAAGAUAUGCGCGCGACUACGACGAUCGUCGCGGUAGUCGAAGCAGUCGAUAUGAUGAUAGAGGCAGCAGCCGCAGGGAUUACCGUGAUGACAGGGACCGGGAUCGCGACCGUUAUCGUGACCGCGACUACGAAAGAUACGACCGCGAUUAUGAUAGAUACGACCGCGACCGUUACGAUCGUGGAAGCAGGUAUGAUGACCGGGACAGAGAUAGAAGGUACUAAUUUUCGAGAUUGAACCCGGACUGAUAACCACUCUUGUCUUUGGUUUUAUUUCGUAUGUUAUCCUUUCCUUCAAAAUAAUACGAGAUUUCUUGCUCCUUUCUCAUUAUCCUUGUCGAUGUUGUACGCCGUUACUACAUAGGCUCCUUUCAUACAUUUGUGGUACGUAGUGCAGCUCCACAUACAUUGUAGUACAUCCAUAU